AUGGGUCGAGAUUUUGCUGGAGAUGGAGGCAAGAGAUUGGACGAGGGAGCGGGCAUGCCGAGCGCUGGGCUGAGAAACCCCAGUAUGGCUGCAGCUCUCCAGCGAACCAGGGACCAGUUGAAGGCAGAUGGCACUAGACCGCGCCUCAUGCUGGCAGAUGUACCAGUCGAUUCGUACGGACGGUAUACGCCAAAGUUGAUGAGCGAGGAUUGGCUCACCCUCGGUUCUGGCCGCAGCACCAGUACAGGCAGCAGCACCAUCACCAUCGGCCUCCUAAUGCAGCUGGUAGCAUCAACAUUGAUAGCAGUCUUGGGUGGUUCGGGUAGAGCCUGCACCGUCUCCGCCGUCAUCCAACCUCCAGUCAUCAUCACUAUCAUCGCCGCCUUCGUCAUCAACGCCGUCAUCUGCAAUGCAGCAUCGCGCACAACUUGCAUCAAAACUGCUUCUCCUGCUGCCGCUGCGGAGGCCGUGAAAGGCGGCGCGCCACUGACGGCCACACCUGGGCACAAUUGCGGCACACAGCACCUCUGUACAUCAUUCCUAAUGCUACCUACAUCUCGCAGCAGCUCUGCUCGCUCCGCCAUUUCGCCAGCUCUUUUGCCCUUUCCUCUCCCAGCGCAGGCCCGCUCGUUCCUGAGCAGACGGCCAGCGCAUGAAACCAUCGCGAUGCCGCCGAACGGGAGCUCUCUCGUUGUCCAGGCCAGGACGUGA